UCGCCACGAGACCUUUCGUAUAAAGGCCACGCGUCCAGAUCUCGAUGUAAAUAUCGCAGUUAUGGAUUUCUUACUCUUAUAACACACUACUACUCAACAAUACAUUGACCAAUGCGAAUCACCAAAGCAAACACAAUCUCCUUGCUCUGCCUCGUCCUCUGCAUCCUCCCAGCCGUAGCAUCCGCCCGCCCAGACUCCCCGAGUCCCAAGAUCCUCCCCUCGCAGAUCCAGACGCUGACGCUGCGGAAAGAUGCAAAGACAAAAGGACGGAGAACUAAGCCCGUUCCGCAGCUGAAGCAGGUGGGUGGCGACGCGAAGGGGCUUUAUGAGGUGCCGGUUAUGCAGUGUCGGAAUAUGGGGGCGGGAGAUGGAGGGCCUGAGGAUGUGCAGUGGAGUUGUACGGCUGAUUUGCCGGGGUAUUUCAAGCUCGGCAGCACAGAUGUCAUUUGCGAAGGAUACAAUAACGCAGAUGAUCCAUACGUCUUGAAAGGAUCCUGUGGAGUAGAGUAUACUCUAUAUCUCACAGAAUCAGGCUACCAAAGAUACGGCAAGUCUCCGGGCAGUAUACCAUAUAGCACCUACUCCGACAACGACGGAUCAUCUCUCACAACGCUAUUCUGGUUCCUCGCCGCAUGCGCGCUCCUCUACGCAGUAAGCAUAUACUUCUCCAACCCAACCCCACCCGGCACCUCUGCGCCCCCGCGCCGUCGACGAAACAACUUCUUCGGCACCUUCUCCAGCGGCGACAACGACGACGACAACGAUCCGCCCCCACCUUACUCCGGCGGCGGCGGCGGAGGAAGCGGGAAGUACUUCUCGACCGCGCAGAGACAGCAACAGCACCAAUGGCGACAAACCCAGCAAGACUCGUGGCGCCCUGGGUUUUGGACCGGAUUAGGUGCCGGCGCGGUCGGCGCGGGUCUGUAUAACCGGUUCACAAACCCGAGCCGGACUACGACCGAGCAGCGCGCGAAUUUCUUUAGAGAACGCGCGCUUUAUGAUGAUUAUGAGCCGCCGCUUGCGCGGAGAGGAGGCGGUGGUGGGGGGUUUAUGAGGAGUAGUAGUGGUGGUAGUGGGGGUUUUGAGGAGGCGCCGACUAGGGAGUCGACAGGGUUUGGAGGGACCAGACGGCGUUGAUCUUUGGAUAAGUGUAAUAUAUCGAUUCAACUAGAUGACAUUUAAAAAGACAAAACGUAUUUAUAUGCGAUCUGGAACAUUGCAGACGUUGUAAUCCUGGUUUAGGCGUUGGCGGC